AUGGGGGCUUGUCCCGAAGCUAUUGCUCCUAAUAAUGUAAUCCUUGGGGAAAAGAAGACAGUUCAAAGAACUCUCAACCGGUUUUUUAAGCGCAUCGAACAAGAACAGCUGUUGACGUUGAUGAACCACAGCCAUCUACAUCUGCGAUGUUUAGGUCCUGGAAUGAUUAUUAUAUGUGCCAUCACUAGUAUCUACUACAAUGUGAUCAUAGCCUGGGUCUUAUACUACCUGUAUAGUUCCAUGCACCCUAAAUUAGCUUGGAGUAGUUGUAACAACCCCUGGAACACACAUCUUUGCUAUGAAUCAAUUUCCUUGACGAAAAUUUCUCAAAGUAAUUCCACGUUAGACUCGAUGCUGAAUUCAACGAAGGAUGUUAAUGUAUCUUCCUCUCGGGCACUGUUGUCAUCUGUUGAAGAAUACUGGGAACGUCAUGUGUUGAACCUUUCACCAAGUGUUAACAACAUAGGAACUGUACGACCACCUUUACUCUUGUGUCUCUUCUUGAUUUGGUUGAUAACAUUUCUCUGUCUUGCAAAAGGUAUCAAGACAUCUGGUAAGGUUGUAUACGUUGCUGCCAGCUUGCCCUAUAUUUUCCUUUUCGUGCUGUUGAUAAGAGGUUUAACCUUACCUGGAUCAAUGGAUGGAAUAUAUUACUUCGUCAAACCAAAAUGGGAAAAAGUAACAGACGUCACGGUAUGGAAGAACGCAGCUCUACAAAUACUUUUAUCCAUUGGAAUCGGUACGAGUGCAUUAGCAACAUUAUCAAGUUACAACAACUUCCAUAACAACUGUGAGAGAGAUGCCAUCAUUUUACCAAUAAUAGAUGGAUUAACCAGCUUUUUGUCCGGUUUGACAUCGUUUAGUAUCUUGGGUUAUAUGGCUCACAUUAGUGGAACACAUCUUGACAAUGUGAUAGUUAAAGGUCCAGGGAUUGUCUUUAUAGUUUACCCACAAGCACUUUCAACUUUUCCUUUUGCUCAGAUCUGGGCAGUACUGUUUUUUGCAAUGUUGGUGUUGGUUGGCUUAGACAGUCAAUUUGGUCAUAUUCAAGUGAUUGUUACUGCUAUUACAGAUGUGUAUCCAGAAAAAUUUGGUAAUCACAAGACUUUGUUAACCGGAAUUGUCUGUUUAGUUUGUUUUCUUUUUGGAAUCGUCUUCAUUACGGAGAGUGGACUCUACAUCUUACAAAUAGUAGACUGGUACUGUGCUAGUCUUACUCUGCUGUUGAUAUUGUUUCUCGAAAUCAUUGCAGUUGCCUGGGUUUACGGAACCAGAAGACUAGAAAAUGAUAUCAGCCUAAUGUUGGGUCGAAAACCUUGGCCAGUUUGGAAACCUUUGUGGACUGUUAUCAAUCCACUGUGUGUUCUUAGUCUCUGGAUAUCGAGUUUAAUAUCCUUCAAACAUUUAUUUUAUGGCGACGGUACUAUGUUUCCAAAGUGGACUCACUAUGUUGGUUAUGGUAUUGCUCUACUUAGCAUCAUUCCAGUGCCAGUAUUGGGUGUACAACAAAUCAUGAAGCAUAAAGGAUCAUUUGUAAAUUAUUUAGAAUUCCAAUCCGAAAGCGAGUUAAUUGUCAAUGAAAUUAUGAAUGUGAAAGAUUUGAGUGCGUAA